AUGUUAACUUCUUAUUUGUUAGGAGAUAUUGAAGGAGAAUUUGAAGAACCAAAAAUUAAUACAAUUACACCAUUAGAUUGGGUUAAAGGAAAAGAUCCUCGAUUUAAAAUUACACGAAAAAAAACAAAUAAAAAAGGAAGAAAUCAACAAGAAACAAAAGUUGAAUCAUUUUUUGAUUUAUUUUAUCCACAAGAAUUAGCAUUAAAUAAUGAUAUUAAUGAUGAUGGAUUAAUUGAUGAAGAAGCAUUACCUAUUCAUGAUAUGUUCCAAGCAUUACUUACAUUAAUUAAUGAAGUAAUUCCAGCUGCUGUAAAUUAUUUUGAUGAAACAUUAUUAAAUGAUGAAGGAGAAGAUCUUGAUGAAGAUGAUGACGCUUAUGACGAAAAACCAAUAAAACAAAUUAUUGACGGAAAACCAUCACAAGAUGAUUCUAAUACACAACCAGCACCUCAAGAAUGUACUCAACAAUAA